CAGCAAAAAUUGGAUCCUCUUCCAGUCUCUUCCACUGGCCAUUACAAUCUCACUAUGUGCCGCAAUACGUCCCGGGUGCUCGGGGAGCCCUCCACGAUGCCACGUAAUCCUCCAAUAAUCCUCCCAACUUCCAGCUAGGGGCUGUGUGUAGUGUACAGUACCACCGGGUUUCUUCUAGCCGAGGGGAUAAAUACCAGUAUCAUUUCUCCUUCGCUUUCAUCUGCAUCUUACCUGUGUUUACUGACUGUGUUCACUUUCUGUUAUGUAAAAUCGAGGUUCUAAUGUACCGAUCUCCAGGAUGCCUAAGCAACCAGUUUGCUUCUCUGAAUUGGCUAGCCUCAAAGCGACCACUGCUCUGUCCCUUCUAACCCGUUAUAUUCGUUAUAUCUUCUCGCCCCGAAAAGACCUGGGAGUUAUCUUCAACGACUAGCGAUGUUCUCUUCUCAGUGGACAUCCGUGCCACGGGAGUUUCCAUCUUCUGGAUUUAUGUUACUUGACUCGUCCGUACAUCUUGAAGAAGAGACUUUACCUACACAUCAAGCCCAAAAAUAUUAUCCAAUCCAACAGGGGGAAGUAAUCAACAAUCGAUAUCAGGUAUUAGCUAGGUUAGGCUACGGAGUCACGUCCACUGUAUGGUUUGGUCGUGACUUGGUUAAUUCCGGCUAUGUUGCUUUGAAAAUAUACAUGACGGGCGAGAACAGGGAUGAUGAACUGAAGAUCUAUAAUCGUUUGAACUCAGUGGAGAUCGAAAAUCCCGGUGAAAGAUUCAUUCGAAGAUUAUUCGAUCAUUUUAUUAUUACGGGUCCCCAUGGUCAACAUGUCUGUCUCGUUCACGAACUUUUUGGGAUAAGCGCGAGUGAGCUGCUGGAAUGGAUUCCUGGCAAAGUAAUGACUCUUGAGGAUAUGCAGAUUUGUAUUCGACAGUUACUGGUGGUGUUGGACUUCCUACAUUCUGUCGCUGGUGUAAUCCACACGGAUCUCCAACUCAAGAACUUGCUUCUUCCCACACCAAAGCCAGAGGCGCUUUCGAACUUUGAGGAAGAGGAGAUAAGAAACCCAUCGGCACGAAAGGUGCUUCAAGACCGUACGAUCUACAGGGCCGCCCGCUUCCCUCCUGGAGACGGACUACCACUUCUCAGUGAUUUUGGUGAAGCUCGGCUUAGCAAUAAACAGUACACCGAAGAUAUUAUGCCGAAUCCUCACAGGGCGCCUGAAGUGAUUCUGAGAGCAAGGUGGGAUUAUAAAGUUGAUAUUUGGAAUAUCGCCAUGGUUGCAUGGGAUAUCGUGAGCUCCUCUACAAUCAUCAACGGCAGAAAUCCAGAGGGUAUAUUUGAUGAUCGUGCCCACCUUGCAGAACUGGUAGCACCCCUAGGAUGUCCACCACCUGACGACUUCCGUGAACGAAGCCAUCUCAGUUCUGUUUUCUGGGACGACUCCGGCACCUGGAAAGAAUUAGCCCCGAUUCCUGAUAUUACAUUCGAAUCUUUAGCUGCCAACAUCAAGGGGGAGGACAAGGAUGGGUUCCUACGAUGAAUUCGACGGGCUUUGCAAUGGAACCCCUCUGACCGGCCGACAGCCUUGGAGCUCUUGUAUGAUGAGUGGUUGAUGAAGGGACUUGAAUAAGGGAAACGAGAGCGAGCCACUCAGCCUUGACCUGCUUUU